UUACAUUAUUAGCGUUAUCUUUUCGAGUACCUAUAUAAUGCGGGCACGCAACGUUAACCAGGAAUAGUUGAAAAUUUGUUUUUGUUCCGCAAAAACACAGGCCUCACGAACUACCAACAUGAGCAUCAGCGCAGAGCUAGCCGCCUUACUCACCACCCACGAGAAGAGGAUCCUCCACAACACAUACACGAGGGCCGAUUUCUCUUAUCACAAUAUAAAACAGUCCCUGCACAACAUGUGGGCAAAGAUAUACGUCCUGGAUGGGAGUGUAGAGCGGACAGCCUCCAUAAAGAGGAUCCACGAGUGCCUGGCCAACUUGGAAAAACGCGUUGCCGAAAACGAACAAAAGAAAUACUUGAAUUAUUACGCCCGGCCUGCUGGAUUGGGUAGCGGGGUGGGAAAGGGGUUGUUAAUAGGGAACUGAGCGCGAUUUCCAGCGGAAUGGGUGUGUAAGGACCAGAGUGAGAGGAUUGUAACUUCGUCUUGAAUUGUUCGCUUUUAUAAAGCGUUGCUUGUUUCUUUUUUAUAUUUAUAUUAAAACGUGUAUUUUUUAAAUAAAAUAUCGAAGAAAAA